UCCUCCUCCCCUCUGUGGAGAGAUACGCUUCUUCUUUUAGCUCUCUCUGCACCGGUGGCCAGAACAGUGCAGCUCCAUCUCCGAGUCGGAGCUGCCCAGACAAAGCACAAGGCCUGCAGAGGGGAAGGCACCUAGAGGACUGAGAGGAUGGGGAACUCUCUGCUGAGGGAAAACAGGUAUUUUAGGUGCUGGGACCGCCACAUCACAGAAGGGUGUUUCUGCCUUCCAUGGAAAAAAUUACAUAUUUUUAAAGCCAGACAAGAUUUCCCAAAGGAAAGUGAAGGAACAUCAUCUGCUACCAACCAGCAGGACAAUGCCGACCAGAGCUCUGCAGAGGAGCUGUGCUAUGCCCUCAUCGAUCACAGAGUCCUCAGGAGAAGGCCGUCGGGGAACUCUGCUGAGGGGUACUAUGAAAACGUCUUUCCCCAGGCUGAGAGGCCCAGAGAGUCGUGGAGAGGAACCGAGACUGACUACUCACUUCUCCAUGUGCCUUCCACCCCUAGGCAUCCUCCUGCCCCAGAAAAUGAAUAUGAAUUUCUACCCACUAGAACCUCCUCUCACACACUGGAAUAGCCACACCCACUUACACCACUUCUGAAGCUCAGUUUUCCCAUUUAUAAUGAAGCAGUUGGACCAAAAUUUGUUUCAGCCCAGCAAAUAAACCUGGGGAUAGAAGGGCUCUGCUUCUCUCUCCCACCCCACCCCCACCCCUACAUAUACAGAGCAGCCCCUUCUAUAGGUGUCUCUGUAGAACAUGGUUUAUAAACCACAGGGCCUCCUAGAUCCUACUCAGUAUUCAACAUCCAAAAAUCAAUCAACUACCCUGAACAGUCUUUGAGAAGGGAGUGACCAUAUUUGGUUCUAAGUGGCUUCGGAAAUGGGCUGCUGUACUCAGAGGCAGAGGGGGUGGUCCCUGGUCUCCCAGAGCUACUCGUAUCACAAAGGGUCCAGCUCCUCUGUCCAGGUUCUUCACAUAAAAUGUCCUCAGGCUUGUCCCCUGAAGUCACAAGGAAUCUGUACCCAAGGAGGAGUCUACUCAUUCCACAUGUGUUUAUAGGCCCAACUGCUCACUCACAGCUUUCUAGGUGGACACCUGCAUGUUCCUCUUAUACCAUGCCUCUAAGUGGUGUCCUUUGCAUGGUGUCCUUUGACUUUCUGGCCCUGGUGGCUUGGUUGGUUACAUGGGUUGAAUCGGUAAGUCCCAGGCCAAAAUUUUAUAUAAUUUUUAUGUAAUUGUAGUCCAUAUAUAUUUUUUAACUUUGUAUUUAAAUCUUAAUAAAAAAUCAUAGCAUUAAAGAAUGACAGUGUAGAAAGAUGUUUGGAGAUCCUCUAAUCCCAGUAUUUUUUUUUUGGCUCAUUGGUCCAGUGUAACAUUGUAAGUUAGUGGCAGAACUUUAUAUGGAGCCUGAGUUCCUGGUUUCCAAUUUAGCACUCUUUCAAUGUACUACAUAAAAGAGCCUCUACUCCACAGAAUAUGUGCAUGGUAAAUAAUACAUCAUAUACAAAAUAGGAAUAAAAUAUCCACACAAAGAAAAUAACACAUACACACAAUCCUUCUCUAAUGGGCACUUCUUCACAUGCUCUGAUCAUUUUCCCUCAUCUGUUCUGCAAUGUUCCUACAAUUAUAUCUAUCCCCUAAAAUAGUGGUCAUCAAACUGUGGCCCCUGGGAGAAAUAUGGCCAACUGCUUGUUUUGUAAAUAAAAUGUCAUUGGAAUAAUA